CGAAAGUUCAAUUUCGCAUGGCGGUCGUGCAAUAAGACACUGAUAUUUUGUUGGUGAUAAUUUCAAUCAUCUCGUUGUGAUUCCUUAUGGAAGGACUAAUUCUAAUGCUUUUAUUUCUUUGUGGACGUGCGUUAUUCAUACCUUAACGAUUGAUGAUGCUGUAGUGAUAUUAUUUGUUGUAUUUGUGUGAACUGCAUAGUUUUUCUCAAAAAUGGGAAAAUGUGACGAAGCCAAUGUUGAAGUUAGUAUGGGGGACUCGGCGUCCCCCAUGAAACCUGAUAAUUUUACGUUCAGCGUGCCCCCGGAGGCGCCCGUGUUCGAGCCGACGCCUGAAGAGUUCCUGGAUCCUCUGGCGUACAUCAGCAAAAUAAGGCCAAUUGCAGAGAAGUCUGGAAUAUGCAAAAUCAAACCCCCUGCGCACUGGCAACCCCCGUUCGCCGUGGACGUCGAUCGUCUGCGGUUCACACCGCGGAUACAACGGUUAAAUGAAUUAGAGGCUAUAACGAGGGUGAAGCUAAACUUCCUGGACCAGAUAAUCAAGUUCUGGGAGCUUCAGGGCUCCGUCCUCAAGAUCCCCACAGUUGAGAGGAAGCCGCUUGAUCUCUACGCUUUGCACAAAAUUGUUAAAGAAGCCGGCGGCUUCGACGCAUGCUCGGCGGAGCGAAAAUGGACCAAAAUCGCACGGCGGAUGGGCCACCCACAAGGAAAGGGCAUUGGCUCCAUACUCAAGAACCACUAUGAACGCAUACUGUACCCUUACGACGUGUUCAAGAGCAGUGGUGCUGUGGACAAUAAGGAAACGAAAAUCGAAGUAAAAGGCGAUCAGACCCCAGAAAAGGCGAACACAACGCGAAGCCGCUCUAACUCAAAAUGCCCGGCCGCGACCCCGUCGCCCGCGCGCCGCUUCAAGAGCAGCGAGCCCGAGCCCGCGGCGGAGGGCAGCCAUACGGAGGGGGCGCUGGCUGGGGCCGAUGAGGCGAAGGAGGUCAAGACGCCGAUUAAAGAGGAGAAGGAGAAAGAGAAUGGGGAACAGAGACGCAGCCCCCGCGAGAACAAGUGGAUGUCGCCGGCGGGCAGCUGCGGCGCGCGCGCCCGCGUGCCGCGCGCCACGCGCCUGCGCGAGCACCGCAUGAGCAACAUGACCGUGUCCGUCACGCCCGCGCCCGCGCCCGCGCCGCCCACCACGCCCGUCGCCAGCAGCCCGGGGGCUCUGGACCCGCUAGCAAAAUACAUGUGCCGCGUCUGCGGACGAGGCGACAUCGAGGAACAAAUGCUGUUAUGCGACGGUUGUGACGACUCCUACCACACAUUCUGCCUCGUGCCUCCGCUCGCCAUUGUGCCCAAAGGCGACUGGCGUUGCCCCGUCUGCCUCGCAGAAGAGGUAUCGAAGCCGACGGAGGCGUUCGGAUUCGAGCAGGCGUCGCGAGAGUACACGCUGCAGCAGUUCGGAGAGAUGGCCGACCAGUUCAAGUCGGACUAUUUCAAUAUGCCCGUACAUAUGGUGCCAACCCCAACGGUAGAAAAGGAGUUCUGGCGGGUAGUUUCAUCGAUAGACGAAGACGUCACCGUUGAGUACGGCGCCGAUCUCCACUCUAUGGACCACGGAUCUGGAUUCCCUACAAAGUCAAGCGCACAUCUAUACCCCGGUGAACAGCAGUAUGCAGAGUCGAGCUGGAACCUGAACAACUUGCCCGUCCUGGAGGGCUCUGUGCUUGGACACAUCAACGCUGACAUAUCUGGAAUGAAGGUCCCAUGGCUGUACGUGGGCAUGUGUUUCGCGACGUUCUGCUGGCAUAACGAGGACCACUGGAGUUAUUCUAUCAAUUAUUUACAUUGGGGGGAGCCCAAGACUUGGUACGGCGUGCCAGGCUCGAAGGCCGAGCAGUUCGAGGCCGCCAUGAAAGCCGAAGCCCCCGAGCUGUUCCAACUGCAGCCAGAUCUGCUGCACCAGCUCGUCACCAUCAUGAACCCCAACAUACUCAUGCGAGCCGGCGUGCCCGUCUACAGGACUGACCAGCGCGCGGGCGAGUUCGUGAUAACGUUCCCUCGCGCGUACCACGCCGGCUUCAACCAGGGAUACAACUUCGCUGAAGCCGUCAACUUCACACCGGCUGACUGGCUAAAAAUGGGCCGCGAAUGCAUCGCACACUACUCGACCUUGCGUCGCUACUGCGUGUUCUCGCACGACGAGUUGGUGUGCAAGAUGGCGCUCUCACACGACGCGUUAAAUAUGAAUGUAGCUCUCGCCGCGUACAGAGACAUGAGGACCAUGCUCCACGACGAGAGGAGGCUUAGGAAGGCACUCCUGGACUGGGGCGUUACCUCAGCCGAGCGUGAAGCUUUUGAGCUGUUACCCGACGACGAGCGGCAGUGCGCGCUGUGCAAGACCACGUGCUUCCUCUCGUGCGUGACGUGCGCGUGCUCGCGCCGUGUGGCGUGCUUGCGGCACUACGACCAGCUGUGCGCCUGCCCGCCGAGGACGCACACCCUGAGAUAUCGAUACACCCUUGACGAGCUACCAGCGAUGCUAGAAAAACUCAAGAAGAAAUCAGAAAUAUUCCGAGAAUGGGCGGAAUCUGUACAGAACGCUCUGGACCCUGACACGCCCAAAACUUGCGACUUGGACGGCCUGAGGGCUCACCUUAGGAGGUCUACUGAACUUAAGAUGCACAAAACUGAGCUAGUCCGCGCACUAGAAACCGCCAUAGAGGAUGCCGAAAAAUGCGCCUCCGUGAUUCAGCAGUUAGAUCUCAACAAAAUGCGCACUAGGACCCGGCAUCAUGACCCCAAGUACAGAUUAUCAGUGCAAGAACUGACACUGUUCGCGCAAGAGAUUGACCAGCUAGCUUGCGUGCUACCUGAAGGAUCAGCAGUAAAGGAAGUCCUACGCCAGACCGCAGAGUUUGAAUCGCGCGCUACGGAACUGCUAAACAAGGAAUUGGACCAGACAGACCCUGGCUUUGUUAGAGAGGUCGAAGAGGUGGUAGAACUCGGCGUACGCCUCUGCAUUGUCCUACCGCAACUCGCGCCGCUGCAAAUGCGCCUGCAGCAAGUCAAGUUUCUCGAGGAGGUCCGGACUUACAGGGAAGACUACGCGACCUUGACCCCAGAGGUCAUCGACCGGCUGCUUCAGGAGUCGGAGAACGUGGUGCCGCAUCAUAAGAUUGAGACUGAACGGGCGUUGCUGUAUAAGCUUAAAGCGGAAGUGGAGGAAUGGGAGGAGCGCGCCCGCGCCGUGCUCAUCGACCCGUCGAAGCCGCCUCUAGACCCGCCGCAGCACACGACUCUCGCUGAAGUCCAAACUUUACUCGACGCAAGGGAAGACAUUGAAGCCGCCUUACCUUCAUACCACGCGCUCAGUCACGCCAAACAACAUGCACAUGACUGGCUUGUAAAGGUGGAAGAGAUGCAAUCAAAAGACUUAUACCCAUACAUGCACAGCGUAGAAGCUUUAGUGAAGCGCGGACAGCAAAUACCUCUAGCGUUAUAUGAGAAAGAUCAGUUGGCUGCGGCUUUAGCGUCCGCUAAGGAAUGGAAACGUGGGGCCGGAGAUAUGUUCUUAAAAAAGAACUGGGCGUACUCCCUGCUGGAGGCGCUGUCCCCGCGCACGGAGGCCACGCCGGGCCGCCGCCGCGCGCGCGCCGGCGCCGCCUCCCCGCAGCCCUCCUCCCUAGAGGCCGGCCUGUUCCUGCGCAACUUCAGCGAGGACUCCACGCCCACCGAGAUCGUCGCCGCCUUCAAGCACGCCGAGCAACGCGAGCUGGCCGCCGUCAAGGAGCUCAGGAAUAAGAACAUGCGCAAGGAAGUCCGCGCGCCCCCAAUGCCAGGGAUCGCGUUCUGCGUGUGCCAGAAGCGGCAGUACGGCGUCAUGACGCAGUGCGAGCUAUGCAAGGACUGGUUCCACGCCGCCUGCAUAACCGCCGCAAAAGAGGAACGCGCUGAAUCCGAAGAGCGAGACCUGCCGUUCCCGACGCCGGAACCGAAGUUUCUGUGUCCCGACUGUACGCGCACUCGUCGCCCGCGCCUGGACCGCAUCCUCGCGUUGCUGGUGUGGCUCCAAAAGUUGCAAGUGCGACUAGCAGAGGGAGAAGCACUGCAGUGUGUGACAGAGCGCGCGAUGGCGUGGCAGGACGCCGCGCGCGCCGCGCUGGCGCACCCCGCGCUAGCACAACUGCCCGUCGAGCGCGACCGCGCGGCUGCGAAUCGGGAAAAAUCGGACAAACUAAACGCAGAAUUGAAGAAAGCGACCGGCCGGGCGCAUGACCACUCAUCACAGAACGCAAGGUCGUCUGCAAGUGUGGAGCACGCGUACAGCGCGACGCCACGCUCGCCGGGCGCGCGCCUGGCUCCAGGGCUCCUACAGAAACUGGAGGACUUGAUGCUGGAAGGAGAUUUGCUUGAGGUUCAACUGGAGGAGCAGGCCCAGGUGUGGAGCGCGGUGAUGGCGGCGCGCGGCGCGUGCGGGCGGCGCGUGGCGCGCGUGCUGGACGCCGGGCGCCGCAAGCGCGCGCCACGCGCACCCUCGCGCCCGCACGCGCAGCUCAAGCGGGCGCGGGCACAUCCGCACGACGCCAGGAGGGGCGCCAGCGCCGGCGCCGGCAAGGGGGCCAAGCGGGGCUCGGCCACCACCACCAACUAUCUCAAUAGGAAACAGGGAAUUUCAUCCGGCUCGGGCCUUAUGAUGCGCAAGCACUACAUGGCGCGGCAGGAGCGCCGCAAGAACGCCGCGCGCGGCAAACUCGCGCGGCAUCCGAGGAUGGGACAACGUUCAGCACAAACUCGCGAGACGGGCGCGCGGCGCGCGGGUGGCGCCGCCUCGGGCGCGGGCGCGGGCGCCGGCGCCACCGCCACCGCCACCGCCAGCAGCAGCUCCUCGUCCGGCGACGACGACGACGAGCAGUGCGCCGCCUUCAACUGCCGCCGACCCACCGGCAAAGUGGACUGGGUGCAGUGCGACGGCGACUGCGACCAGUGGUUCCACAUGCACUGCGUGGGGCUGCAGCGCGCCGCCCUGCGCGACGACGACGAGUACAUCUGCGGCGCGUGCGCGGCGCGCCAGCUCGGCAAGCCGCGCAAGCCCAAGGGCAACGACGAGCGGUAAACAAACAAACAAACACACGACACGAGUCUAAACUAACAUUUUUUAAAUUUUCUGAACGGUUUAGUCCAGGGGUCGGCAACCUUUUAGCAGCCAAGGGCCACAUAGCAGUUAACGAAAUUGACGCGGGCCGCACUUUGAUAAUAUCUAUGACUUUAUCAAGUAUUGUCGUUUGUCAAAAUUACAUACAAAAUAGCCAGGGAGGCUCGCGGGCCGCAAGUGAGAGGUUCGCGGGCCACAUGCGGCCCGCGGGCCGCCUGUUGCCGACCCCUGGUUUAGUCAAUCCCGAAUUAGUCAAUGUGACGAUACCGUAAAAUAAAUUCUAAACGGUUACAAAUUAUACUUCGCGAGAUUUUUUCUGCGAUUUGCUCGAACGCGUUUUUACUAAAAUCAUUAAAUUAGAAGUCACAAGGGUAGACUUGUGACUUAUGAGAAAUUUGUAGAUUUUCUAAAAAGUCUCUUUCGGGCAAAUUAAAUGUGCCAUUUUCAACCAAAAGGGUACUUAUUGUCGCUUGUCAGCUUCAAUUAGAAAUCAACCUUAUCGACAAGCGACAAUGUGGUACCUUUUGGUUGAAAACGUCACAAAUAUAGAAUAAUUUUACGCUGUUGUGUGUCUGGUUUGUAAUGUGUCUUGUUGGGCACCAAUAUCAUAAUUGUAUGAUGAAAUGGAUGUUGAUUGCGCUGUCAAAACUAUUAGGUUUCCUGAUUUCAAUGUUUGAUUAAAAUUGACAAUUGUAACAUUUUAUGACAGAACGAUUGUCAGUUGACAAAACUGUGUGGCGCAAUCAAUAUUUAAAGUGUUAAUGAAAAGACUGUCAUAAUAUUAGAAUACGCGACAUCAUUUUAACGUAAUUAUCAUAUAGUUUAAAUUUUACCUGUUGCAAAAAAGCCAAUUUAAUGAAGAAGAAAAAAACUAUAGCGUCAAAAAUUACGUAUGAUGGAGUUAAACAUUGUUAAUACUGAUUGACAACCAUUUUAAUGUGAUUAUUAAGAGGGGGCGUAAAUCCAGGAAAUUAGAAGGGGAUAAGAGAUAUGGCGCACCGCGCGAAACUCGCUGCGGGAUAAAUGACUAUCGCGCGGAUGUUUAAAAUUUUGCUCGUCAGAUCCCUCGGUAAUGUCACUAGCAAUUUUUUACUAUAGUUCGUUUUUUUAGCAUUAGAAAGAAGGUAAGCGAUCUUGACGCACAUCUUUUUAUUAAUAAUCACUUUUGAAUAAUAAGUCACAGCAAAUAUGUUACAAUUAUCCUUUGCUUUCAUAAUAUAACCUAAUUUUGAAAAAGCGUUUUUCAAUAUUUUUCAAUAAAAAAACACGUCAAGACUGUUUACCUUUUUUUAAUGCUAAAAAACUAAUUAUAAAAUUAUCAUCAUCAUCAUCAUCAUAUCAGCCCUUUAUCGCCCACUGCUGAGCAUAGGCCUCUCUUCCAGUACGCCACUUGUCACGGUCCUGAGCUAAUCUCAUCCAGAAGUGAAUUAUACUGCAAUGGAAUGCAGAGUAACGAUAUACAACUGAAAUUUAGACAUGUUUUCGUGAUUUUUUUCUAUCAAGCCAACUUUAAGGUUUUGGUCAGUCUGCCCUUGCGAAUAAAGUUUACUUUCCGGGAUUUUUUUUUUCAUGGUAUUUGCCCCCCAAACUUUCGCAAUAAACCCCCUCUUAAAAAGACAUAUGAUGAUCUUUUCUCUAUGACUAUAAACAUAAUGAUGAGGUCACUGAACCCUAAAUAGAUGAUAAAAACGCAGGAACUUGUUUGUUGUUUAAAACUUUGAAUUAUACACCUCUUGGUUUCAAAAUAAUCAACACAAGAUUGCCGAAGCCUAAGAUCAUAUACAGAUAUAACUAAAUGUAAAUGAAACUAAUGUAAUAUUAGAACUGUCGGUAUAUAGAAUACACCACCUUUUUAUAUUGUACCCGUAUGUUGAAUCGACUUAUGUGAAUGUGAAACUUACAGUCGAGAUAUACUAUGAGAAAGAACAAAUUAUUUAUCUUCAAUUGCAAUGGACUAGUUUUAUUAAUUAUUUAUAAAAUUACAUUAGAUUGUGAGUAUUUAAGGGCGGUAUUCCACUUGUCCAAUAUUUUAUCAAAUGUGCAUUGCGAUUUGCGUCUCACUCUCAUAUAACUUGAAUCUUCUCAAAUGAUUUUUACGCCAAAGACCCUAAUUUAUUAAACAAAAGGAGCGUUCCACGAAAUUGUCUACCGUACGAACGCGAAUUUUCUCAGGAUUUGCAGGUAUAAGAGUUUCCUUUUCUGUGACAAAUGGUCAAAAAUAUGCACAGAAAAAUAAUCAUCUGCUUUAAACGCCGAAAAAAAAGUCGCAGUUUGUACGGGACAGCCCGUGGAAUGCUCCAAAAGCCAUUGUUUCUUAUGCGCGUGGCCAUCCUGUCUCAGCGCGUGGCACUCGUUCAGGCACAAUGGCCACGCGCUCAUACAAAAGAAACAAUGGCUUUUGUUUACCCGGUUUUUGGCGUAAAAAUCGUUUGAGAAGAUUCAAACUAUACCACCCUAAAAUACUUCGCCCUCCGGAAUGCGCCAAGGGAUUUUAGACCGUAUCCCUACGGGGACAAAUAAGGUUUUGUUCUUCUAAGAUCUUGUUCAAAUAACGAAAUAUGUGUGAGCUUAUUGUCCGUAGAAAGUGUAGAAACGGGGAACAUUACUGGUGUUUCUUAAAAUCUUAACCGAUUUCAGGAUUUCAAAAGGAGGAGGUUCUCAAUUCGGUUGAAUGUUUUUUUAUGUUUGUUUCUCCGUCGUUUCUCGACCGAUUUUGGAAAAUUAUUUUAUCGAUUUAAAGUGUAUACAUUCAGAUUUGUCUCAUUUUUAUUAACUCCCAGUUCUGAUGAAGGGAUUUAUUUUUAAUAAAUUACCGAUUUUCUUUUAUUUCACGAAAAGCGAUUGGUAAAUAUCUAAUAUUUUUUCUGCAAGUUACAAUAAAUUGUUAGCGGGGUUUUGGUAUGAAAGUCGCACGCCUUACCGUUAGGCCACCGACGCUUCAAUAAUUUUUUUUACAAAUGAAAUUUAUUCAUAGAUUUUAUCUAUAAAAUUCAUAUAAUAUGACAUUUAAUUUUAAUUGAAACCCUUACUCCGAUUUCGUCAAAACCAUAAUUGAACUAUACUAGAACCCGUCUAAGCUAACUCUGCCUGCACCGACUUGGCAAGCGACAGAGUGAGAUAGUGUCGCCAUAAAUUAAAUUCUUAUGAAAAUAUGACGUUUAUAUAACGGCGCUGCCACCCUAAGGUCCCUGCCAAGUUGGUGCAGUUAGCUCAGACAGGCUCUAGACAUCCUAUUGCCGGUAACAUGUCCCCGAGUAGAAAUAUCAACGGUGUUACUUUCGAUGUCAUAGAUAUACUGGAAUUUAUUGGAUGUUGUUUAUUCGUCCGUGCUCCUGUCCGUACUAUAAACGGGAAAAUAAUCAUCUUCAUAUUAGAGAGCCCACACUAGCGUCGGCGUCUAGUCAGACGUUGAAGAGACGUUGGCAAGACACGAAAUAAGAAAUAAGCUAUUUGGCGGGCAACCUGCACAAACUCAUUUGGCGGGCAACCUGCACAAACUCAUUUGGCGGGCGACCUGCACAAACUCAUUUGGCGGGCGACCUGCACAAACUCAUUUGGCGGGCGACCUGCACAAACUCAUUUGGCGAGCAACCUGCACAAACUUAUUUGGCGGGCGACCUGCAUUAACUCAUUUGGCGGGCAAUCUGCACAAACUCACUUGGCGGGCAACCUGCACAUACUUCAUUUGGCGGGCAACCUGCACAAACUUCAUUUGGCGGGCAACCUGCACAAACUCAUUUGGCGGGCAACCUACACAAACUCACUUGGCGGGCAACCUGCACAAACUCAUUUGGCGGGCGACCUGCACAAACUCAUUUGGCGGGCAACCUGCACAAACUGAAAGUCCACCCCUCGCACGAAGAAUAAAUAAACGUUGAAUACGUCCCUGCCCUUUGUAAAUACCGCCUGUCGCUACUACCGAUUGAAUGAUUUAGUGCCAGUUGCACCUUCCGCACUUGGCAGACUGAUCAACGUCACCCGGCGCGCCGCGGCGGUUUACUAUGAAACUUUUCAUACAAUAAAAUUUAGCGGACUCUUUAACGAUGACAAACAGUUUGGUGCAACCGACUCUUAGUAAGGUCUUCGGACCGUUACGCGGUGGCUUCACGGUAUCGUUUUUGAAAAGUGUACUGAAACAAUGUGAGGUUGAUUGUACUGAAACAAUAUGAAGAUGAUUUAAAUUUCUCUAUUUCCUAUCCAAGACAUUUUGAUGUUAUAUCAAUAUUCGAUGGAAGAUCUGAUUAUAGUGAAAUAUAGCUACUGUUUUUUUUCUGUCAGCUAAGAGACAGGGCAAGGAGUGUGAUUUUAUAAAAGGUAUGGAAAUGGUGACAGAAGUAAGUAAUUUUCAGGACAGUCAAGAAACUUUCAUGUGUCAAGUUAGUAAACCUACAUUUAGUAAGUUCUCAAAAUUACUUACUUCUAUCGUUUUAUUAUUAGAACGGUCUUAGGAAUUUACUAAAACAUUAUAUUAAAUUCUAAAUACGCACUCGCGAAGUGCAAGCGAUAGACAAAAAUUAACGAUUAUUAAAAAAAAAUUGUAAAUAUUUUUUUAAGAGUAAAACAAUUCUAGACGAUUUUUUAAAAUGAAUUGGUACAUUUUUGGAAAUUAAAGAGGUUUGUGCGUGUUUGUAAAGUUCGCCCUCGUUGAAGCGGUUUGAUGUACUUUGAAUUUCCCCCGCUAGGGGGCGGUGUGUCAUUUCGAAAAAAUAUACUUGUGUAAAAUAAAAAGGCCUAGAAGGCUAGGGCUACUUCUUUGUUGUUACCUUUUAGUAUAUUUCGCUCGUUUAUUGAAAAAGCGACUGAUAUGGAGAUGUUUUUGACCUCAGUUUUGGCAGGUACUGCACUCCCGCAGAUCGGCCUCCGGCCUCGCAUGCUUGGGUAUACCUGUGGGAACGUUGGAACUAGCUUUCUAGGCCUUAUUAUUCAUAUUUUUUCUAAUUCAGUCCCGACCAGUCCCAAUGUUUCGCGUCUUAGAAACAAAUUAACGAUUUUCAACUCUAUUCCCUACAUGGAAAGGUUUAAAUUUGAUAAUCCGUUUCUAAAAGCGUCCUUAUGCCCUCGCUUCACGCGUCAACACGCACACAAUUACUUACUUUUAUAUGCAUGAUGCUCAAUUUUAGACUAGCUUUUUUUUACAACUAGUUUCGGACAAGUCUAAAGUUGUUUUUUUUUUAUAUGUUUGUAUGAUUACUAAAAUACAAAAUUAUUUCCUUGGCCACAAAUCUAGAUAACAGUUUUUGCUUCGAUCAAUUAAUAUAUUUUUAUUUAUAGAAACCCUUAUAAUUGCCAAUAGAAUACAUAAACAACCCAUCUCAUCCGAGUUCAUUUAUCGGUCCGAAUCGCUAGACGAGGUCCUAUAUACUUCGAGGAUAAAAUGGCCAUUUUACUUUUAUACACUAGGACGUAACAUAAAUUUUAAACAACCUACACACAUCUAUAAAGAACGUAGUUACAUGAGAAGUACUAAGUAUUUUUUUAUACUGACUUAUUGACAUAGAUUUUACGAUUUCUUUAAAACUUAGGCAACAUCUUAUUACGUUUAGAUUUUAUAUAGUCAUGUUGACUCGUGUAUCGUAGGCCGCCAGUAUUGCUCGAUGGAUCUUGGAUUUUGCUCUAAAAGUUGUACCUACAUGUUAAGGUUAGAGACCAACUCUAAAUAAUUUAAUUAAAAUAAGAACACAUUAGACAUGAAAUUUUAAACGAAGAUCUCAAAUGGUGAUAAAAAAAAAAUAUCUUAAUUUGACAUCCAGAAGUUUUCCAGCUAUUGAUAUGGUAUAACAUAUUCGGACUCAAUAUUUAAAUUCCGAUUUUCAAAACAAGUCCCUUACGACUGUCUUUAGUCUUAUUAUUUGUGACGUUUUCAACCAAAAGGUACCACAUUGUCGCUUAUCGAUAAGGUUGAUUUCAAAUUAAAGCUAUAUGGAAAUAGCGCCUUAUUGACAACCGACAAUAAGAACCCUUUUGAUUGAGAAUGGCACAUUACUUUCAGUAGCAAUCCUAGAAAUCAUUGGGCAGUACUGAAAAGGAUCGGACGGUAACACUCGCCAUUUUUUAAACAAUAACUACGCGUUAUGGUGUAUUCAUACGUGUUCGAUAUUUGGUUUUAAUUCCGCGUGAAUGUACCGUAAGGGCCACCCCACACUAGCGUCUCCUAAGCGUCAGCGUCAAGUUAAUUCUAUGGCUGCUGCUCGACGCAACGUUGGCGCAACUACGCAGCGACACAGGGCGGACACGCUAUACAUCAAAAAUCACCUGCGUUUCUAUGUGUGAACGGCACGUCUGUACACGCGUCAUGCUUCAUAGUGUGAGUAAGUUGCUUAAAAAUAGUACUGAGCGGCCGGCAAACGGCCGUCAAUCUGCUGUCGCGGGGCGAGGUAAUUGAUUCGGGGCGGGGCGGUGCGUGGCCGUUCUGUAUGAUAAUACUAUUACUUAUUCUGUGGCAGCGACGCCAUUUCCCAUAGCGCUGACUAGACGUCGACGCUUGGAAAACGCUAGUAUUUGGUGGAUCUGAGUGAGUACAGGCCAGUCCUUUCACGAGGGAUACUGUGUUCUUAUAGCAUAAGGUCGACUUUUCGACGGACGUGUACAUAAUGUUACUGUAAUCGAUGUAUAUUAAGGCGAUGUUCGCUUAGUUUUAAGAGCUUGCGCCCUCGCGCCUUAACUGAAUGUAAGCAAAUUUUUUAUUAGCUAUAUUUCUUUUUGUUUAAUAAAUACAUUUGGCAAAUUUUAUAAUUAUUGCGUAACUGAGCAAGCUUUGGUAAAUGGACCCCGGUAUGUUUUAAAUAUUGUAAUUGUUUUCGUGGAUGAUAAAAUGAAGGUAUUGUCUGUUCCGAUAAUAAAAUUACCGCCUAAAUAUGAAACUGAUAAUAUGUCUGAACAGUACUUUUUUUUUAUCAUCCAUGUUUCGAUGCUGGUUUUACACAUUUGUUAUUUUGUCAGAAUAUUAAGUCAUUCAAAACUUUUUUUUAAAAUAUUAUUGUGAUUAUCGUAAAUCUAAGAUACUAUCGCUGUUAAUAGUUAAUGUGUCUUUUUACACUAGGUAAUAAAUGUGACGUUUUCAACCAAAAGGUACCACAUUGUCGCUUGUUGAUAAGGUUGAUUUCUAAUUGAAGCUAUAUGGAAAUAGCGCCUUACUGACAAGCGACAAUAAGUACCCUUUUGGUUGAAUAUGGCACAAAUAAUGUUGAUAACUUCGACAAAAAUUGGACAACAUUUUAAUAUUACUUUCAAUUUUUAGACAAAUUGGCGUAAAACAAAUAAGAUUAGCGUACGAAUGUGUAAACCCACCAUUACAUAACAAGCCUAGUCUAAUGAAAUUCACGGUCUUUUUGACAUUUGACCAAUAUUUUAACUGUGAAGAUGAAAUUGUUGAACAGUUUUGAACCUUGAGGCGUAUGAAAUAAAGUUUGCGUUGGCCAUUGUGUUAGUCUCGUAUUUAUGUUUUGGAUUGUUAUUAGUUAGCAUAGCGCGACUUGGAUGAUGACGAUGGAUAAAAUAGUAUUUAUAAACAUGAAUUAUCAUUCUAUUAUGAAACUACACAUUAGGGAUAUAAACAUGAAAUCUACUAUUAGGAAAGUUAAUUUUGACUAAACAAAACAGAACACUAACACAACACAAGGCAUUAAGUCCGCCAUUUGUACUUAUUUUUUUGUGUAAAAAAGUUUAAAAAAAUAAAUAAAUAAACACAACUAAAGAAAUAACAAAACGAAAAAAAAAAAAACAGCAUGUUAACUUGAAAUUACGAUACUGAACAAGAUGCGGUGUUAUUGUUAAAAAUGCUCUCUUCUAGACAACGAUUCUAGACUCUAUUGCACAUCUCGAUGAAAGAAAAGAAAACAGAAACACAAGCAGAGGUAACAACAGGCUGUCUUCUCGCUUAAAAGCGAUCUCAUUAGGGCAACCUUUAGGUAGCAUAAAUUAUACAACAUUUGUAAUUAAAGUAUAAGUACGUCCUGCCCUGAGAUACCCGCAAUUCAGUUCGUGGUUUGCUAUCGCGUUGCUGCGUCACUUGCAACAUGAAUGAUUUGGCAAUUACGGCCAUGUGUAUCGUUGUCAUAACAUUCUUAAUAAUAACAGGAACAUAUUGUCGAAUAGCCCUUUUUUAGGGUUCCGUACCCAAAGGGUAAAAACGGGACCCUAUAAGUAAGACUCCGCUGUCCGUCUGUCUGUCUGUCUGUCACCAGGCUGUAUCUCAUGAACCGUGAUAGCUAGACAGUUGAAAUUUUCACAGAUGAUGUAUUUCUGUUGCCGCUAUAAAUCAUAUAAAUGUAUUUGUGUCAUAUAAAUGUAUUUGCAUGCAUUAUACUAUGUUUUAUGUGCAAAUAAACGAUUGAUUGAUUGAUAACAACAAAUACAAAAAAGUACGGAACCCUCGGUGCGCGAAUCCGACUCGCACUUGGUCGGUUUUUUUCUUUAAGGCGUUACAAAGUUAUCCAUAUUUUCUCUUCUCGACUUCGCGCAAUGCUUUAAAACGACAAUUUAAGGGUACGUAUUAUAACUUUCUUCGUGUAGUUUCAUAAUUAUUUAAAAAAAUACUCUCAAAAUCCAUCAGCGGCGGUAGCACGGCCGCAUUUUUAUCGCUUGUCACCAUGCCUGUGACGUUCUAACAAGUAAGGGCGAAAGUGACGAGCGAUAAAAAUGGAACCAUGCUGAGCCCGCUGGUCACCUUCCACGUUUUCGUACCGAAAUGGCUGUUAAAAUAAAUAUUAAGUUCAUGCCUUUUUACGCAAUCGUUGACUAUCUACCGGCUAUCGAGAGUCCGCAUCUUAGUCGAAUGAACAUAAAUUGGAUUUUAUUUUUUUACAUGAUCAGAGCGUCUAUCGCGAACAACGAAAAUCUAAAAUCGUUAUCUGACUCUAUUGCUCGAAUAUGAGCGAUAGAGAUGCAGAUAACGGUUUUCGAUGUUGGCAGUAGGCCCUCAGAACCUGUGUGUCGAUGAGAUUGAAAUUAUACAUAAAAUAUCGUGCUUUUAUCAUUUGUCAUCGUGGUAGUGACUAUCAACGUACACUGUGAGUUCUGAGUGACGCGUGACGUGAUAAACGAUAUAAGUGCUCGAAAUUAAACUAUCGUGAGACAUAUUUCAAAAUAUUUAGAUCAAUACGGUUUCACUCACUAUUAUUUUUAGUCGCUAGUGAAAAACCGUAUUGAUCUAAAUAUUUUGAUAUAAGUGCUAUUAUACAAUCAUACAUUCGUAGAAUUUUUUGGAAAUAGCAAGAGUAUAGGCUUCAGUCCGUUCUCCCGAUAGAGUAUAUUUUAUUAUCUUGAGGCACAUUUAGAAACAGAUCAAUUUGAUAUCAAUAUCAGUUUCUGAAUAUGCUGUUUUUGUGUCCGAGCUAUGUAUGGAUCUGUAUUGUCGCGUGCUUUUUUACGCCAUUUGAGUUAAGCUUCUGAGGAUAUAUGUAAGGGUGGUAUUCCAACUGUCAAAUUUCUUUGUCCAAUGUGCAUUGUGUCUCACUCUCUCAUUAAGCAAAAUGUGAGACGCAAAUUCACACUGGACCAAGAUAUUGGACAGAUAGAAUGCCAUCCUACGGCUUGUUUUUCUGACGGUCAAUACGGCGGCAGCUAGCUCUAUUAGAAAUGAAUUUAAAUAGGCAAUGAUCACAUCCAUAAGUGUAUUCCGUAUUUCGUUUCGGCUGAUUUAUUUCAAGAAAACAACCAUAUUAUGACUUAAUUGACCAGAUGAAAAAGUCGUUACAACCAUCUCAAAUAUCAAGAUUCAACCUUCAAAUGGUUUAACAUUAUAAAAGGUUAUAGACUAUUUUUAUUAAAAGUACAAUAAUAGAAAAUACCUCUCUGAAUUACUAAUCUCAAGGAGUAAGGUAGGUAGGAGGAGGAGGUAAAGGCUGCGUUUCCACCAGAGAUGUGCGAGGAUGCGUAUCCAGGGAUGUGCUUGUUAAGAACCAAUAGAAUCACUUCCAUUUGUUUUCCUCGCUCAGCGUGUAGUGAUUCUAUAGGUUCUUAACAUACACAUCCCUCUCAACGCAUCCUUGUACAGUCAAGGGCAUAAAUAUAUAUACAUUCCCAAAGUUACAAAAAUAUGUGUACGCUCUUACACCUUAGACAAUAAAGUCGUGUUCACAUAUUUUUUAACCAUUUGUCUGGAUCGAUAUUUUUGCCUUCGACUGUACAUCUCUGGUGGAAACGCAACCUUACAGCUCUUAAUGAAGUCGAUAAUUUAUUGUACUUCCAAGAUGGUUUUAAACAAAGUGUUAUUCGAUACAGUGUUUUGCUGUGAACCAUUCUAUGGAAUUGUUCUCUUUAAGUGGAUUAGCCAACACGAACGAAAUACUAUAGAUAUUUACGUCUGACGUUAGGACCUGACCGUCAAAAAAAACAGUCUAAACCUUAUGUUGUACAGUAGUUAAGUGGAUGUCAUCUAUCGUGCAACUAUACAGGCCGGAAGUGCCGUCAUAUUUGUAUUUUAAAGUUUAGUCAACGGCGGCGCCUAUAGCUCCCUAUGGUUGGACGGAUAGACUAAUAUCAUGUACCAAAUAAUAUAGAAAAUUAUAGAAAAAUA